UGUCCUCUUAAGCUUCUUUCCCCUUCUGGGUUUGUUUUCCCCUGUUCUCAAUGAGUUCUGGUAAUCCGAUACCACAGCCAUCGCCACCACCAACACCACGUGCCAGUUCAAUCCAACCGGAUCAAACGCUUGAAGCUUCCGCAAUAACUUCUGCCGCCGUCGGAUAUACGCCGAUCUCGCAUUUACCGAUUGAUCUGUUCGUUCAAAAGAGGCAUCAAGACCUUAAACGUGGCGAGUUGACGUUCACCGACUCUUCCGGCAAUCUCGUGUUCAGGGUGGACGGAAAUUGCUCCAAAUCCACUCCCCGACCCAGGCGACUCUUGCUCGAUGAUUCAGGAAAUCCUAUCUUCUCUAUCUUCCCCUGCGAUGGAAGAUGGCAAGGCUUUAAAGGGGAGAGUGAGGAGUGUAAGGACCUAGUGUUUAGGGUGCAGAGGACCUACUUCUCGCUUUUGACUACAGAGUUAGAGGUGUUCCUGCUUGAUGAGAACUGGGGAGGUUCAACAUCAGAUUUCAAGAUCAGAGGUUGCCCCUUUCAAAGGUCUUCCACCAUCUACAAAGGAAAUUCCAUUAUUGCAGAGACGAGUCUUCUGUACAAGCUUAGGAAAGUUAUUGUUGGGAGGCGCAGAUUUAAGCUGACAAUAUUCCCUGGAUUUGUUGAUCAUGCUUUGAUUGCGGCUUUGGUUGUAAUAUAUUUUGAUGGGAGAAAAUGACAGGUAACUCAAUUA